AUGACAGAACAAUCGUCGUUGAAUGUCAGCCUCAUAAACGGCCAGUCGCCUCAAACCAUCCAUAAUAUGAUCAAGAUCCAAUGAGCUACUGCACUGUUCCAUAUUCGUCAAAAGGGAAGCUUCAGCUAUGUAUACCUUGCGUAGUUGUUCGUGCGCUAUUCUGAGGGCAUCGGACGCGGUCGAGAGUGUGGUGGCGCUGGUAGGAGAGUAAUCCAGUAAUCGUGGCGAAAAAACGUAGUCGCUGGUGUCGAUGGCAAUCACGGCAGCGGCUGCGGCAGCGGCGGUGCUAGGCUGGUGGCGUUGGCGUUUCUCCAUAGAUGAAUGUGAAGACGUUGAUGAAGUGGAUGAGACUGAAGCAUGUGAUGAGCAGUAGACAGUAGGUGGCUCUACCGCACACGAUGA